AUGUACUGAUAUCAAUACUCCUUUUGAUACUACAACUCUUCUAUGUGCCUGCUGUGCUGGAUUUUACUUAAAUGACCAAGACACUUGCAUUGCAUGCAUAAACCAUGCUCUUCAUGCAAUUCAGCUACAGUUUGUAAGGGAUGUAUCGAUGGCUGCUAUUUAGAUUCCACAACUUGUAAAGCUUGCACUAAUCAAUGCGCUAAUUGCUCUUCAGCACAGGUACUAGCAAACCAACAGUUUAUGAAAAUCAAAAAGAUGAUGAGCCUCAGAAAGAUAUUCCACUAA